CAUCAUCAUCGUCUCACUUUCACUUUUCAAUCCCCUUCUCUCUCUAAAACCCUAAAAAUCUCACCUUUUUCCCCCUUCAAAUAACAUGAGCUCCGAAAUAGUUCUCCAUCAGCAAUUUUCCCAACCAGAACCUCUUCCUAUUUCCUCCACCGUCACCACCACAACCACUACCACCGGCGUCGCCCUCAGGAAAGCCUCCGGCGCCGGCGCAUUAUCCACGACUUCAUCACGCUCCAACAAGGACCGCCACACCAAGGUCAACGGCCGCGGCCGCCGCGUUCGCAUGCCGCCGCUCUGCGCCGCCCGGAUCUUUCAGCUCACACGCGAGCUCGGCCACCGCUCCGACGGCGAAACCAUCGAGUGGCUCCUCCGCCACGCUGAGCCAUCCAUCAUCGCCGCAACCGGCACAGGUACCGUCCCUGCCGCCCCGGUCUCUUCCUCCGCCGCCGCCGUCACAUCCUCAGCUCCCUCUGUUUCGUGCCGUGUCCAGCCGUCUGCAUCCGCCACCCCGACGAUGGUCUGCGCCGGCGGGAGUCAGUGGCCGAGCUGCCGACUCGACCUCUGCCAGCCUCCUCCAGGAAUGGAGUACGCCUCGGUGAACGGUCACCGAUACAUGCCGUUCACGUCGUUGCUGUUGCAGCCGGCCACGGCGGAUGAAUCGCAGCACGAGGAGGCUCUCAGCGAUCAAUGAUAAUAAGAGCUUUUUAAUUUUUAUUAUUAUUUUUUAUUUUUAGCUUCGGAGCGUACGAGAUUAAUAUGUGGAUGUUUUUGUGGGUUUUAGAUUUUAGGGUUUUUUUAAAAUGAUUUUAUUUUAAGGUUAGUUUUUAGUGUUGGGUGGGGAUCAAUGUUAGAGGUGUUUAGCUACUACUACUGCUAGUGUCUUUCUCAUUAUUUUUUUUUAUUGUUUCCUUAUCUUACAUAAAGAAGGGUAAGAUACUAAGAUAGCUAUGUAAAUGAUUUAAAAACCUUAUGAAUAUAAUGAUUAUUUAUCAAUA